GGAUAAACAAACAGCUGAUGACACAUUGUUGUUAUUGUCGUGGCAAAAAUAAAAGAAAAUUUUUAACUUGCCAAUAAUAAACGAUAAAAUAUAAAUAUUUUUUUAUAAAAAUGGAUUUAGAAAGCGAAAGAAUAUUAAAAUUAAUAUUUCCCGAUGGUGUACCUGAAAAUUUACGUGACAAUCCGGAAUUGUUCAAUUAUCUCAACAAAUUGGGCACAUACAAAGUGGAUCAAUUGAAAAAGGAGCAGACACGCCUAACUGAAGAAACUAAACACAUUGUAGAGCAAACACAAGAUUUGGCCAUUUCUAAUUAUAAAACUUUUAUUAAAACCGCUGAAAACUCACGUUCCAUAUAUAGUGAAUUUAAAAAUGCCGAGUCGCAAGUGGAAACUUUAAUUGAUAAAUUGCCCCAACUAAUUGAUCAGUGUGAAAAUUUCCAAAAAGAAUCGUUAGAUAUCAACGAACAGCGCCGUUUGAAUACUAUAACAUUAAAAAAGAAUGCACAAUUAUUGGAAAUUUUAGAAUUGCCACAAUUAAUGGAACGCUGCAUUAGAGAGGGUAGAUAUGAGGAAGCGUUAGAAUUGGCUAGUUAUGUACAGAAGAUGGGUGAGAACCAAGGACAUAUUCCAAUUAUUAAGAGUAUUGUUAAUUCAGUGGAGUCGUUAUGGCAUACAAUGCUGGUGCAACUGGUGGCUCAAUUACGUACAGAUUUACAGUUGCCCAAAUGUUUACAAAUUGUUGGUUACUUACGCAGAAUGCAGGCUUUCGGUACAAAUGAACUCAAAUUGAAAUUUUUACAAGCCAGAGAUGCUUGGCUUACUAAUUCUUUGAAGGCUAUACCUAUGGAUGAUGCUCAACAACAUUUAACCAAAACUAUAGAAGUUACACGCGUAAACCUCUUUAAUAUUAUCAAUCAAUACAAGGCCAUAUUUCCAGAAGAAGAUGCUCUAGCCGCAGAAACUUUAACAAGUUCGACAACAAGUCAAAAGCCCUUACAAGGUGUAAGUUGUGAUGGAUCACGCUUAUUUCAGUCAUGGUUACACGAAAAAAUUACCGAUUUUCUUAAAACCCUAGAGUUUGAUUUACAACGUGGCAUCGUACUAUUCGAUACAGUUCUGGGACAAUGUAUGUAUUUUGGUUUGUCAUUUAGUCGUGUUGGUGCCGAUUUUAGAGCCCUCAUGGUCCCUAUUUUUGUUAAAGUUAUUAAAGAGAAAUUUUUGUCAGCCAUUGCGGUUGUAAAUCAAAGUUUCGAAAAGGAAUUGCAGAAAUAUACACUUAUCAACAAAGUAACAGUACACAACAGAAAUCCCUCAAAUACAAGUGAUACAAAUGAUUUGGAAUCUUAUUCGCCUCCCGAAACUCUUUUGGAUUUCCAUCCCUUGGCCGCUUUAUGUAAUGGUUACUUGAAUGCUCUCAAUGAUUUGCGUUUAUGUGCACCCACUGCUUUGGCAAAUGAUGUGACCAAUAGUUUACAACAAUCUCUGGAAAUGGUAGCCAAACGCAUUUUGGCCUUCUAUCGCCAGGAACAACAAGCUUUCACAGCCAAUGAAAGAGAUACGUUUACCAAAUUGUGUGCAUGUUUUGCCUAUGAUUUAAUACCCUAUUUGCAGCGUUGUAUACAUGCCAUAUUUCCGCCAAAUGUCUUAAGCAGUCAUUUGGGUGUAAAUUUAAAUGCUUUGGAAAACACGAAAAUAACUUAUUUACAGCAAAAAGAUAUUUUGGAGCCCUUAAAGCAUUUAUUACCCAACAAAGUUGAGACAUUUAUGAAAUCGGACACACCAAAGGCAGUAGAAACCAAUGUGGCUGUGACAGCCGAAGGUUAAAAAUCAAUAUUUUAUCAAUAGUAUAACAGUAUAAGGUAAUAAAUAAACGAUACUUAUUUUUAAUAAGGAAUAAUAAUAUUUUUAGCAAAAA